AUGGAUGACCCUUGGGCAAGCACUAUUGAUGGAAAUAUCACCUCAUCUCUUGAACCGAACGAGUUUCCUCUGCACUUUGACAAUAACUUUUGUCCAUCAGCUGAUUCCAAAGACAAUAAAGUCGAUUCUUCCAACGAAUCUUUCCAGCCAUUACCCGACUCUUCUACUUAUUUGGAGAAUUUAGAAAAGAAGUUGUGCAAAUUACGGAAAACCCCUUCAUCAAACAGUGGGGCUGAGAAAAGAGAUUUGCUGCUGUCUCUGGCAGGAGCUCGUGAGGGCCACAUUGACCGUUUACUGAAUUCACAGUUUUCUCAGUUGCAAGGCUUGGGUGAAAUUGAAAAUUUUGAUUGUCCAGUCGAGGAGUCUCUGUCUGGCACAGUGAUUCGGCACGUAGCACCUCACUUGCAAGCAGUGACAACUGGAGAGCUGGUCCAUCUCUUAAAGGCAGAUCAGUUGCAAGAAAAUACUGCAGAGGAAUACACACCAGAGACUAACAACCAGCAAGAGUAA